GGUGCGCUGGACUCGGGGCUUGUGGACGUAGUUUUUGGUAUCACCCCGACAUUUUUGGCUACCAUGACUACCACAGCACUGAAGAGUUUUUUCCCUGGAAUUGGGAAAAUUGAAUACAAACCAGAUGCCGGUCCCAGCGAGACACUGGUAUUCCAUCAUUACAAUGCCAAGGAGGAGAUUCUGGGCAAGACCAUGGAGGAAUGGCUACGCUUCUCAGUCUGCUACUGGCACUCCUUCCGUGGAGCUGGUAUGGAUCCCUUCGGUGCUUCGACUAUCCAGCGUCCCUGGGAGGACGGUACUGACUCCGUGGACAAUGCAAAACGUCGGCUUCGUGCUGCUUUUGAAUUCUUCUCCAAACUGGGCAACAAGUAUUGGACAUUCCAUGACCGUGAUAUCGCUCCCGAGGGUGAGACAUUGGCUGAGACCAACACCUUCCUGGACCAGCUGGUGGAGCUAGCUGCUGAACUGCAGAAGAAGACUGGUGUCAAACUGCUCUGGGCCACUUGCAAUCUCUUUGCUCACCCAAGGUACUUCCUGGCCGGCGGGGAUAGCAGUGAUGCCCACGGAGCUGCCUAUGCUGCUGCGCAAGUAAAAAAAGGUCUGGAGGUGGCCAAGAAGCUUGGAGCUGAAAACUUCGUGUUCUGGGGCGGCAGAGAGGGCUACCACUCCCUCCUCAGCACAGAUAUUAAGGCUGAUCUCGACCACCUGGCUGCCUUCUACAAGAUGGUUAUUGAACAAAAAUCUUUAAUUUGUUUCAGGUAUGGCAUGCUCGGCAGCAUUGAUGCCAACACUGGCUCUCCAGACCUGGGAUGGGACACUGACCAGUUCCCAAUGGACAUUCGCAGCUGUACCAUGGUCAUGAAGACAGUGGUGGAGCAGGGUGGUGUUGCUCCCGGCGGCCUCAACUUUGACGCCAAGGUUCGUCGUGAGUCCACAGAACCGAAGGACCUCUUCAUCGCACACAUUGCUGCUAUGGACACCUUUGCACGAGGACUUAAAAACGCUGCAAAGAUCAUUUCUGAUGGCAUCUUGAAGAAGUCCCUCAAUGUAAGGACGGGUGCAAAGAUAGCAUCAGGAACAUUUAUGGAGGAGUGUGAGAAGUUCAUCCUUGAGUCUGGUAACCCCAAGCCAUCCUUCCAGGCCACACAAGAACACUCUUUGAGGCAUUGUUCAUAUUUACAUCUAAGACAGAAAGAUAGCUGCCGAAGAUGGAUCUUAAUGUGGUACUGUGAUAAUGGUGAAGAAAAAGUAUUGUUUGCAGUGCAAAUGUUAUUGGGAUCAACGUGCUGCAUUUGUGUAGAGCUUGUCACAUUUAAGGCAUGA